AUGGCUGCAAGACUAUUCUCAUCAGGAGCCCGCGCUCUGCGCUCGGGCGGCGGCGCAUCGCGACGAUCCUUCCAGACUUCGGCCCCGAGGCUCUAUGCCGACGCCACUCCUCUGCCGGCCAGCAGGCCCCUGGGCGCAUUCCGCGGAGGACUGUUUGGAUUCUUGGUCGGGGCGACCUUCGCAGGCUCGGGGACAUACUACUACGUCCUGCAGGACUACAAGACGUCAAACGAGCUCCUCCAGGACGAUAUCUACGCCCUGCAGGCAGCCACGCACCGGAUGAGCAACUACCUGACCACACUCGAGGAGAAGAUUGACACAAUGGAGAAGAAGAAGAAAUGA